GAUGCCGCUCAUCGGUAUUCACAGGACGGUCUCUCAGGACGAAGCCCGAUUCCUGCCCCAUGUCAGCAAGUCCAGGAGAGAACCUGGCGCGAAUCCCCUGGCCUGCCUGGGCUGCCAGCUUCCACUCCCCCCGGGUCCUCCACCCCACAGUCCUGCCGUCCGCCGGCCUCUGCCUGCUCCCGCGCCUCCCGGGCUCUCUUGCUCCUCUGCUCUCCCCACCUCCCGCCCUCCUUGCCUCCUCCAUCGCACCCUCCUUCUCCUUUGGCCUCUCUAUUUCUGCGCACGCCCUGAUGUCUCCGUGGACCCUCCGAUCUUCCUCCCUCGGUCACUUGGUCUUUUCUCUGCGUGCCCCUGCCCUUUCCGUUCUCCUCCCCGGUGUGCGUCGCCUUUCCGUCGCGCUGGGAUGCCCGCCCGACUCCGCGUGCGGCGGUCACCUCUGGGCCCCUUCCCUGCACCCCUCUGCCGUUCCCGGUCCUUCUUCCCACCCUGCCCGGCCACCUGUCUACGACUCUCCGCCUCUGGCCAUCUCUCCCCUGCCCACACUCCAGCCUCCGCUUUCCGUUCCGCAGCAGCCUGGCGGCCGACCUCCUGCGCUCAUGCCGGCCCUCCUGCUCCUCGGGACCCUCGUGCUCCUGGCCUCCACCGCCGGCCAGGCCGGGGCGCGCCCGUCCAACGCCACGAGCGCCGACCCCCCCGGCCCGCUGCCCGCCCUGUUAGCGCACCUGCGGCGCCUGACCGGGGCGCUGACGGGCGGCGGGGGCGCGGCGGGCCCGGGCGCCAACGGCACCAGGACCAGCCCCGCAGGCGGCCCCGGCGCAGCAGCCCGGGCGCCGCCUCCUGCCGAGCUCUGCCAUGGCUACUACGAUGUCAUGGGCCAGUACGACGCCACCUUCAACUGCAGCACGGGCUCCUACCGCUUCUGCUGCGGAACCUGCCACUACCGCUUCUGCUGCGAGCACCGCCACAUGCGCCUGGCGCAGGCCUCCUGCUCCAACUACGACACGCCGCGAUGGGCCACGACGCCGCCGCCGCUGGCCGGGGGCGCGGGGGGCGCCGGGGGCGCGGGCGGGGGCCCAGGGCCAGGCCAGGCCGGGUGGCUGGAAGGGGGCCGUCCUGGGGGUGCGGGGGGACGAGGGGGCGAGGGCCCUGGAGGCAGCACCGCCUAUGUGGUGUGCGGGGUCAUCAGCUUCGCCCUGGCCGUGGGCGUCGGAGCCAAAGUGGCCUUCAGCAAGGCGUCCCGCGCGCCCAGGGCGCACCGCGAGAUCAACGUGCCCAGGGCCCUGGUGGACAUCCUGAGGCAUCAGGCGGGGCCUGGAACCCGUCCGGACCGGGCCCGAAGCAGCUCCCUGACCCCAGGGACUGGGGGUCCCGACAGCAUGCCCCCCAGGACGCCCAAGAACCUCUACAGCACAGUGAAGCCCCCCAACAUCGAGAAUCUGCACCACAACUACCUGCACCUCAGCGCCAACAGCCCCACGCACCGAGCCGCCAUGCUGGACUGGAGGGCCCUGCCGCCACCCAGCCCCUCCCUGCACUACUCCACGCUGUCCUGCUCUCGCUCCUUCCACAACCUCUCGCACCUGCCCCCGUCCUAUGAGGCUGCUGUGAAGUCGGAACUGAACCGCUACUCCUCCCUGAAGAGGCUGGCCGAAAAGGACUUGGACGAGGCCUACCUGAAGCGCCGGCACCUGGCCGAGAUGCCCCGCGGGACGCUGCCCCUGCACGCGCUGCGGCGACCCGGCACUGGAGGCGGCUACCGCAUGGAGGGCUGGGGUGGCCCGGAGGAGCUGGGCCUGGCGCCCGCGCCCAACCCGCGGCGGGUCAUGUCCCAGGAGCACCUGCUGGGCGACGGAGGCCGGGCCUCGCGCUACGAGUUCACGCUGCCUCGCGCGCGCCUCGUGUCGCAGGAGCACCUGCUCCUCUCCUCGCCUGAGGCCCUGCGACAGAGCCGCGAGCACCUGCUGUCGCCCCCGCGCAGCCCAGCGCUGCCCCCCGAGUCGGCCCCCCGGGCCAGCCUGGCGGCCUCACACUCCAACCUGCUGCUGGGGCCGGGGGGCCCCCCGACGCCGCUGCACGGGCUGCCGCCCUCCGGCCUGCACGCCCACCACCACCACGCCCUGCACGGCUCGCCCCAGCCCGCCUGGAUGUCCGACGCCGGGGGCGGGGGCACGCUGGCCCGGAGGCCGCCCUUCCAACGCCAGGGCACCCUGGAGCAGCUGCAGUUCAUACCUGGCCACCACCUGCCCCAGCACCUGCGCACUGCCAGCAAGAACGAGGUGACUGUCUGAGGCCGGGCGGGGGGCCACGGGCUGCGGCCUUCCAGGUCCCCUGCCCCAAGUCGGGAUCCACCGGCACAGGCUCGCACACCCCAGGGUCCAGAGACCCAGAUGGGCCCUUGGAACCGAGACAAAGCCUCCCGCCAGGAUGCCAAACAGCAGACAAGAUCCCUCCUCCUAUUAUGUCACUGAGUCCAUGCCUCCUUCCCAUGAUGUCAUCGCAGAGGAAGAGGCCUGCACAUGAAGUCACUAGCAGAAAUGUCUGUGUUCUUUGAUGUCACUAGCGGGACAAAAUCCCUUCCCAUGAGGUCUGCCUAUGAGGUCAUCACUAGAGGCCGCAUCUACUCUCUAUGACAUCACCACAGACUUUCUAGGAUAUCCCUGCAGAGGCCAGUCUCACCCUCUGAAGUCAUCCUGAGCUCCGAGGCCUCUCUGGCAGCAGUGUUGGGGGGAAAAUACUUUCCUUCUUGUUUUUGCUAUGGACAAGAUGCCUGUGUCCUAGGAUGUCAUUGCUACAGACAAAGCCAUCUCUCUGGGACACACUGCAGGAGAAAUGCCUUGCUGGUUGUGUCCUCACCAAAGGUAAGGCCUCCUCUCCACAACACCGUCACAGAACUCUGCCCCCUUCCUGGGAUGCUGUCACCAGAGAAGCUGCCUUGCCCUAUGAUGCCACCAGAGGGGCUGUGGCUGUCCCUGGGGGAUGCCAUCACCAGAGAUGACAACCUGCUCCUGUGACCUCUCCAGAAUGAGGCGCUUUGGCAAUGUCACCACCAAACGCCACCCACGGGGGUGGUGAUGACACCAGGGGACACCUCACUGCUGUUGCCAUGUGUGAGAGGGCGAGGCAUGAUACUGAGCCAGGACCACCCUGUCCUGAGAUGUCACCUAAGUGUCACCACUCAGAGGCCACCCUCUGGGACCAGUCUCCACCAGUGAGGACUGUGUGGCUGUCGGCUGUUGACAGUGACGCUCCACGUUUCAGCGUGGAGCUUCCCAAGAGCUUCCCCUCAGAGGCAGUGUCUGCUCAGAACACCCAUCACUGGUGACGGUGUCACCAGAGUUUCUGCCCCAUCCCACUACAACUUGGCUUGGUGGCUCCUUCCCUGACCCCAGGGAUAUGACCACCAUGAUGCCUGCCAGAGCCUCUAAAGGGAGGUUGGGCCCCUGUGCAGUGACUCCUAGGAGCGGUGUCCCUAGAUGGGCUUCUGCUCCAAGGAGCCCACUCUGACCCACCUAGCUUCUGGAGCUGUGGCACUUGUCAGUAGCCUGAGAGCUGUGUCACUUCUCUCUGCCACAUGUAGAGACAUCACCAACUCUGUCAGCAAAGUCCUAGCCUCCUACUGGAGGGGGAGGGUUGGGGUGUGCCUGCUAUUGAUCUUGGCCAGGACAUCAUCAGUAGUGUCCACCACUCAUGAUGACAUAGCACUUGGGGUCAAAUGUUAACCAGUCAUUUGCCAGGAUUCCCUAUGACCCACCUCAACCAUCCUCUUUUUCCAGGAUUUUCCAUAAUUAAUACUGUCAUCAUUUCCCAAGAUUCCCUACAGCUAGUGGUGUCACCAUCUCUCAGGAUCCAGCACAAGCAUGGUGUCAUUAUAUCCUAGAAUUGACCAUAACCAGUGAUGUCCUUGCCUUCUAAAUCCGUUAUGCCUACUGGUGACCUUCUCUAUCAGGACCCAUUAAGACUGAUGAUGCCAGAAUUUUUUCCCAGAAUUCCCUUUGAUUACCUCCCAGGAUCUGCUUUACCCACGUCUCCACGUCCCAGGACCCACCAUACUUUGGGGUUAUCACCUCCUAAGAUCCUCUCCAGUCACAGAGUCCUCCAUGCCCCCCAAUCCACCACAACUGUGGUGUGCUCAUCUCCCAGGAGCCAUGAGAGCCAAUGGUGUCUAAUCAACCUCAGUGUCUUCGUGACCUGUGAUACGUGAUGGUACCUAAUAAUUCAUCAUCUUCUUCCAAGAUCUGUGGGAGCCAUGGUGUUUCCACCUCCCAAGAUCCACUUCCACCAUGUGCCAUUACCUCCCAUCCCUGGGGGAUGCCAUGACCAGAGACGACAUCCAAGAUCUGUGUCACCAUGUGUCCAGAUCCAUGAGAGUCAACAGUAUCAGCACCUCCUAGAGCCCACUGCAGCCAUGUUCUCAUCAUCUCCGAGGAGUUAUCACCACUGGCGUCCAUCAUAACCAUGGUGUCAUCAUCUCCCUUGAUCCGUGACACCCAGUGUGUCCCCAUAUACCAGGCAGCCAUGUGCCAUUGCCUCCCCAAAGCCACCAUCUGAGGGGUCGAGUACAUGACAGGUUACAUUUCAGUUGUCCUCCAGGGUCAGCAGAACAUGCCAUCUUCCCGUUCCCUCAAAUGAGUAGUGUGGAGCCCGCUGCCCCUCGGAUGGCAUCACCCCACUGUGCCCUUCCUGAUUAUGCCACUGCCUCUCUCCUGACAGGGUGGAGGCCCAGAUCAGCCCCAUCACAGGCUUGGCCUUGGCCAGCAUCCCUUCACUCCUGGUGAGGGUACCCCCAGACAGCAUCACUGCCCCUUGCCCAGCCAUCUGAUUGGUGACAGGGUCACCCAGCGACCUCUCAUCAGCACCAGAGUUGGGGCACCCCGGCCCUUGGAUGGUAUCACUGGCCCUUGCCUGAGCCUUGUUCCCUGGACCCCACCAGGAUCAGAACUUACUGGCUCCGGCCAAACUCUCUUCGAAGGCCCCUGGCCCUGUGGAGGCUCACCCAGCUGAGCCACCUGUGGCUGUCAGCACCGCCUCUGCUGGCCUGACCCUAGGAGCAGCAGCCCCUGCUGGAACCACCUUCAGGGGCUAAGGGUGCUCCUCCGCCCCCUCUCCAGCUACCAGGAGUGUCCAGGGAGUCCCCAACACCCGACGCACAAUCUGUCCCAAUUCUCUUUGUACAUAGCCAUGUUGCAGGGGGUGGCCAUUCCCCGUUCUUAAAGGGCUACAUGCCCCCCUUCCCCAGCCCCCAGGGCGAGGUGGGGGGGCCUCUUCUCCCUCCUCUGGGCCACCCCCUCCCUUUUAUGUCUCCCCCCAAAUACUGGCCUCUCAGCUCCUCCCUUCUUGUCAGGAGCCUGGGGCACUAAUUGAGCAUACUGAGGAAACUGGGGGGCCCCAAUCCACCUAGGCCCCGGUGCCAGUUUUUCAGUCGCAUUGCUUACGGCUGCUCUCAUGGGCUCCCCCCCCACCCCGUCCCUUCUGAGGCCUCCUUCCAGUGUGCUCAGGCCGACUCUGACCUCCCCAGAGGAGCCAGCUGGAGCGCCACCCAAGCCUGGGGCCCCUCCCCACUGCUCAGCACCCCCAGUGAACACUCAGCUUUCUCUGGUCCCUGGAAUCGGGAGGUUUGGGGUCUUUUAGCUGUGGGGUGCCCCCUGCACCUGCUCUCCCCUAGCCUGGACUCUAGGGAUCUGGCCUCGCCCUCCACCCUCAGUUCACUUGGCACAGGCUGCCUGACCCUGGGGCCUUGACCUCUUAACUCUUAAGCCAUAGUGGGGAGAGGUCUAGAGGGUGGGCCAGCAGGCGCAUUCGCCUGUCCCCCUUGAGGCUUAUGGAGCUGGGACCUCACCAUCUGUCUUCCCCCGCGCCCCCAAUAAAUGCACACAAACACGUGUGCACAUGGGCACACCCACGCACAAGCACCUCCCUCUGACUGGGGGCUGCCAAGGGGCGUCACUGAAAGUGACAAACAGUUCCAGACCAGGAGACCCUCCACAGCUCUGCCCACCCUUCCCCUCCUCACGCCUCCCUCCAGCACUGGACCCUGCCUCCAUUUCCUGGUAAGGACAGCCCAAGGAGCUGAGACUUGGUAUUUUUUGGAAUAAACUGACGUUUCCUGA